ACCAGUCCCGCGGCUCCCAGCCCGGCUCGCUUCUUGCCCUGCUUGCAGGAGGCAAGGCACGCUGAAAUAAAGAGAAACUAGUUCUGGGGCAGGAAAGGUCGUUUCUUCUGGGCAGAAGGAGAGAGGAAGCAUAUUGCAUUAAAGGUGGGCCCGCUCUCCUCGCCUCUCCUGCGCUCUCCCCGCCGCGAUGCCGCCGCCGUGUCCCCGCGGGGCCCUGCCCGGGGCCUCCCUGCUCCUGCUGCUGCUGCUGCUGCCGCUGCUGUGCGCUGCGCCCGAUGUUUCAAGGGGAAAUAAGCUUAAACUGAUGCUUCAGAAACGAGAAGCCCCUGCUGCUGCUGCUGAGAAGCCGGAGGUGUCAGUGAAAGAAGCAGCAGCCAAGGAGUUCCUGAGCAGCCUGAGGCGGCAGCGGCGGCAGCUGUGGGACAGGAGCCAGCCCGACGUGCAGCAGUGGUACCAGCAGUUCCUGUACCUGGGCUUCGAUGAGCAGAAAUUCGAAGAUGACCUCUCCUACUGGACAAACCUGGGCCGUGCUCGUAAUGAGUACUACGGUGGGCACUACCAGCACCACUACGAUGAAGAUGCUCCCAUUGGCCCACGGGACCCACACGCCUUCAGGCACGGGGCAGGCGUCAACUACGACGAUUACUGAUGCCAUUAACCCUACUGCAGCUGUAGGGCUGCACUGGGUGAGGCUGAGCCCUCCCCCAGUCAGGAUGACCCUGCUUUUUCUUCUAUUCAAGUCAAACAGAAGGAGUAAAGGAACUGCCAGACUUUGAUGAAAGCAACAUGACUUUUUAAAACUAUCAUUACUUAGUAGUACACUAUAUAUAAAAAGUGUUAUAGAAAUAAAGCUUUUUUGAUAA